AUGGCUGUCCGUCUCUUUGAGGAUAAAGAUCAUGUGGCUGCUUACCUGCAGCACAGAGUCGCACCGCAUGAGUUAAUCAGCAGGAUCAUGGAAUUCAUGGAGAAAAAGGCAAGUAGCCAGUUCGAGCUUGCUGUGGACGUGGGCUGCGGUUCAGGCCAAGGGACGGUCCUAUUGGCCCCGCACUUCAGCAAGGUUGUUGGAACAGACGUCAGCCCCGGUCAGCUGGUGAUGGCGCUGAAAAAUAGCAACCCUCCAAAUGUAUCAUACAGGCAGUGUCCGGCAGAAGAGCUCCCGUUUGCUGCCGGUGAGGUGAACCUCGUGACGGCCAUGACGGCGGCUCACUGGUUCGACCGCCAGAAGUUCCUCCUGGAAGCCGACAGGGUGCUGAGGCCCGGAGGCUGCCUGGCCCUCCUGAGCUACACCAUGGACAUGGAGCUGGAGUAUGGGGACGUCUCCAACGCGCUCAAUGACAUCUGCAAAGAGUUUUACGCUGCCCUCCUUCCCUACCGAAAUCCCUACAUAGGAUCGAGCUCUGUGAAGAUCUACACAGACAUGUUGGACUCCUGCUCGUACCUGGACAAAGAGUGGAAUGAGUGUUUUCGGGUAAAAAGGGUCAAGCCACUGACUGGAUACAUGGGCAUGGUGCAGACCUUCUCCAGCUACCAGAAACUGCAAGAAAAGGACCCAGCUGAGGCUGAACGUCUUUCCAAUGACAUCAAGAACAAGUUGCUGUCUGCCAUGAAGGCGUCCUCUCCUGACACAGAGGUUACGGUGGUUGUGAAGUAUUUCUAUUGGCUGGCGUGCAAACCUUGA